CCGUGACGGUAGGGGCUGCAGCUGCCGGGGGUGGAAGAGUGUGGCCGGCUCUCGACGUCAUCCUGUGCAGUGCGCGGGGCAUUGAAAGGUGAAUGGCAGAGAGGGCGAGAAGAGCGCGAGCGACUGUCAGCCCAGCCCGCAGCAGCAGCAGCAGCAGCAGCAGCAGCAGGAGGAAGAAGGCGGCGCCGAGGUUUGCUUCUGCUCUUCCCAGGAGGGGCGCCCGCAGAUAAUGGAGCGGAGGCGGUAGGAAGGUGUCGCGGUGGAGGCAGCGGCAGCAGCGGAACAAAAAGCGGAGUCACUGCGCCGUGUCUUCCCUUCGCCUCCAGCAAUGUGAAGAAAGAAGUGCCGCGACCGUCGCUGCGUGACCGCUCGACCGCCGCUUUCUUCCAGGGGGAAGGGGGCAGUGCCGCCGCUCUCCCCCCCCACCGCUGCUCCUCACAAUUCCGACGAGGCAGGCGACUCCCUUCACCACCGCCCGCCCUGCCCCCCCCUCCACCUCCCGCAAAGCUAUGAGCCAUGAAGCCGCCUGGCAGAAGUUCUCUGCGGCAGCCCUUCUCUGGCAGCUGCCGGCACCGCCGAUCCUCUAACGCUCCCUUCUCAGCAUGCCUGGCGCGGCUGCCUCUGCUCGCCUUCUUCCGCCGUUUCCUUUUGGCGUUCCUGCUCCUCUGCUGGGGACGCCCAGAGAGCUGGGGGGUCAUUGCGGACACCGCUAUCCAUUGGAAUGAAACUUUGGAAAAAACAGAAACCAUUCUGGCAAAUGAGGACACUGUAUUUCAACAGACUAACAAUAGUAGUAGCAAAAAUAACAAUUACAGCAGUGCAUUCCAAAAAGAAAUCACAUUGCCUUCAAGACUUAUUUAUUAUUUGAACAAAGACUCUGAAAGUCCCUACCAUAUUUUGGAUACUAGGACAAGAUACCAGCAAAAACACAGUAAGGCUGUGCAUCUAGCUCAGGCAAGUUUCCAGAUUGAAGCUUUCAGUUCUAUGUUUAUUCUUGACCUCUCCCUGAACAAUGACUUAUUAUCUGCUGAUUAUGUGGAAAUUCAUUAUGAAGAUGACAAACCACAAUAUUCAAAGGGAGGGGAACACUGCUAUUAUCAUGGAAGCAUCAGAGGCAUCCCAAAAUCCAAAGCUGCUAUUUCUACCUGUAAUGGACUUCAUGGCAUGUUUGAAGACAAUACUUAUGUCUACCUGAUAGAACCUUUGGAGUUAACUCACAGCACGAGCAGUGCAGGUAGACCACAUGUCAUUCGGAGAACAUUUGGAUCAAAUGCCUUCAGUCAGUUGGAAGAUCUUGAUACCGAUUCCACAUCUGAUUGGUCCUUCCUGUCUGAGUUGCAGUGGCUAAGAAGAAGAAGAAGGGCUGCAGUGCGUGGCAUCUUUGAAGAAAUGAAAUACUUGGAGCUCAUGAUUGUUAAUGACUAUAAAAUGUUCAAAAAACAUCGGUCAUCCCAUAGUAAUACGAAUAACUUUGCAAAAUCGGUGGUAAAUCUCGUGGAUGCUAUUUACAAGGAGCAACUAAACACCAGAGUUGUUCUAGUUGCUGUUGAAACCUGGUCAGACAGAGAUCGUAUUCAUGUCCACUCAGACCCACGGCAGAUGCUUCAUGAUUUUUCCCGAUAUCGACAGAACUUCAUCAAGCAACAUGCUGAUGCUGUACAUCUCCUCUCGAAUGUGACAUUUCAUUAUAAAAGAAGUAGCCUAAGCUAUUUUGGAGGAAUUUGUUCGGUGGCUAGAGGGGUUGGAGUAAAUGAGUAUGGGCUUUCCUGGGCAAUAGCACAAGAAUUGUCCCAAAGCUUGGCUCAGAAUCUAGGAAUACAGUGGGAGCCGGCAUCCAGAAAACCAAAAGGGUGUGAUUGUACAGAAUCCUGGGGUGGAUGCAUCAUGGAGGAAACAGGUGUCUAUCACCCCAGAAAAUUCUCAAAGUGCAGCAUUGCUGAAUACAGAGAUUUUUUACUCCGAGGAGGAGGUUUUUGUCUUUUCAACAGGCCUACAAAGUUGUUUGAUGCCACUGAAUGUGGAAAUGGGUAUGUGGAACCAGGUGAAGACUGCGACUGUGGUAUCCAAAUGGACUGCCAUGCAGAGUGCUGUAAAAAAUGUUCCCUUUCUAAUGGAGCUCAUUGCAGUGAUGGUCCAUGUUGUAAUGAAACCUGCCUUUUUUUUCCACGAGGCUUUGAGUGUCGCUAUGCAGUGAAUGAAUGUGAUAUUACAGAAAUCUGUACUGGUGAUUCCGGCCAGUGCCCACCCAAUCUUCAUAAGCAAGAUGGAUUUGCUUGCGAUUCAAAUCAGGGACGUUGCUACAGUGGAGAGUGUAAGACAAGAGAUAAUCAAUGCAAAUACAUCUGGGGCAAUAAGGCUUCAGGGUCUCACAAACACUGUUACGAGAAGCUUAAUACAGAAGGUACACAGAAAGGAAACUGUGGAAAAGAUGGAGACAAAUGGAUUCCUUGCCACAAACACGACGUGUUCUGUGGAUUAUUGCUUUGUGCAAAUCUUGAUGGGGUUCCACGAAUUGGUCACCUUCAGGGAGAAAUUAUUCCAACUUCUUUUUUCCACCAAGGUGUCGUAGUGAACUGCAGUUGUGCACAUGUACUUUUAGAUGAUGAAACAGAUUUAGGAUAUGUAGAAGAUGGGACUCCCUGUGGUCCUAAUAUGAUGUGUAUGGACCGAAGAUGCCUCUCUAUUCAGUCCUUGAACAUAAGCAGCUGUCCUAUGGAUGCUAAUGGAAAAGUUUGUUCGGGACAUGGGGUGUGCAGUAAUGAAGCCACCUGCAUUUGUACCACUACUUGGGCAGGUACAGAUUGUAGCAUGUUUGAUCCUAGAAGGAAAGAUGACUCAGAAAAACCAAGUGGACCAAAGGUGAGCAUGGCCACUAACAGGCUUAUAGGUGCAGUGGCAGGGACCAUUCUGGCACUGGGGGUGAUAUUUGGAGGCACAGGGUGGGGAAUAGAAAAUGUAAAAAAGAGAAGAUAUGAUCCAAGUCAACAAGGCAUCUAAGGAAUUCCCUGGAAGAAUGUGGCUGUGCUUGAAUGUGGACUCUGGCUAUGGAGGCUCUUUGAAGCAGCUGGCUCUUCCUGCAGCAGAAGCAUACCAGUCAUUGUCUACCAGUGGCAAGUGGAGGCAUUUAUGAAAGGGCUGAAGGAAAACUGUCCUUUACUGGAGAUUUAAAUUCAAGGACUUCCUCCACUCAUUUCUCUCUUUUUGGGGGGAUGUUAGGGAUAAAACAAACUUUGGGAAGGAACUAUUUUUUGUUCUGAACAAAAAUGGAGCAAACAAACCAAGCGCAAUAAGUAAACUCUUUCAAACUAUUUAAAUAGGUAAAGAAUUUCUUAGUAAUUUGAGUUCGCAUGAUCUUUUAAUAUUAAUGGCAGACUCCAGUGGCAUGAUAAUUUCUGAAAUGGUGAACUGCAUGGCAUAAACACAGCAAACAAGCUAGCAAGAAGGUCCCAAAUAAAAUCUAUUUACCAACAACAUGAUAGAACAAAACACAGAAGAGCUGAUUCUAGGUUUUACCUAUGAAACAGAGGAUAAUUCCUUAAUUCUACCUAUUAUAGGUAUUCUUUAUUUUGUUUAUUUAUUGCUUUGGGGCAAGCCUCUUUGAGGAAUGGCAAAUCAUACUACAUUGAAAUAUAUUUUUAAAAAAUGCUUUGGGGGAAGUCUUAUCAAGCUCCAUUAUUACACAUUUUGAAAUGUUUCGUUCCAUACGUGAUCUUAAGCUGUACACAUUCAUAAAAUGUUGCUCCUAUUUAAUUUUGGGGUAGCACUUUAUAUUUUAGAGUGGGCAUAGUGCAGGGAAAUUCCACAAAUAAGAGGUAUGCUUUUUAAAUAUGUAUGCUUAAAACCAAAAAAAAAAAAAAAAGGUCCGUCCAAAACCAAUAUGUGUAAAUGCAUAUGUAUACAAUGAUUUUUUCCUCUUCAAAUGCAUUAUUUGCAUCCAUGCAGAUAUUUUGUAUAUAUUGUAAGAAACUGACACCCUCUCAAAUUAAUCACAGAAGUGCCAAGCUUAUGUCUUUUUCAUUUUGCCAUGUUGUUUUCCUUUCUCAGUCUCAUAUUGUAUGACAGGAAAGAUGCCUAAAUAAGCCUUAAGUACUUGUAAAAUACUGAGAGCUUUUAACAGGUUAAGGCAUUCGGUGUAUUGUUUUAUAAAGCCCAGUCUCCCCUCACCCUCAGGACUCCUUUCAUUUUUUAAAAGUGCAUAAACAGCAUCCAGAUAUCCAUGUCUUUUUGAAUUUAUUUCUGUAGUAAUUAUUUUUCAAAGCAUAGCUUUGAACCUUCCUAUUAGACUACAUGUGGUUACUGUCAUGGAGGUCUGAAUUAGAAAAAACAAUGAGAAUAUUGCCAUGUGCAUAACCAGAUAACAUUGAAUCCUGCUUAAACAGAGAAGUGGCAUUCAUGAAACAAUAAUAUAGCCUCUUCCCUUCUCCCAAGCAUCCAAGCUCUGCCAUAAUCACGGCUUUUCAUCACUUCUCUAAUUAGUAAAUGGGAAAAGCCGUAAUGGUAACCCCCAAAGUGUAGUGGAAAUAAAGCUUGCUUGUAUAGAUGCACCUCUGCUGGCCAACCGCAAGUUAAUAUUAUGCCAAUAUACAAGGCAACAUCCCACUUUGGUUUUGUUAGCACUGUUGGUGCAGCUGCUGCUGCAGUUGUGCUUAGGGGUUUUCUACGCCUGUGUGCUGGGACACAGUACCGGUGCUAAUUAAGCAAUCAUGGUCAUUAAAGCAGCCAUAAGAUAACAAACAUAUUGUUAUCCUUUAUUACAGUUGCUAUGACAUCAGAGCAGUGUAAACUCAACCUGCAAUCAUAUCCAAAACUCCAAAUGCUUGAUCAUUCAUUGCAAUGGAAGACUGCUUUGGAAUAAGCUUUAAGCGCAUAAUGAAAAAGCUACUUACUUAAAAGCUUUUCCCCCAGUCACAGGUAUUUGGGCAUGAGCUAUUUAUAAUUUGGUUAAUCAUAUAGAAAUUAUUUCAAUCUGUAUAUAAAUGUUUUAUUCUUUUGAGAUAUUUUACCCAUUGUGUAUUAGCAUUAAAAAAAGAAAGCAAAGCAAAAUCUGAUACUUUUCAAGUUACGUUUGAAUUUAUUUUUAGAUUUCCUUGGGUCACUUAAUACUAUACCAAUGUUUUGGGAUGCCUUUCAUCAAGCUUUAUUGACAAUUGUGUGAAAUCAUAGUGGUUUGGCAUGACAAUCAUUUUUGAGUUAACUUGGGUGGGCAAUUUGUGGUCCUUGGACCAACUGUAGCACCUGAAUUUUUAUUUAUUUGCUUUAUUUGCUUACUUAUUUAGACCCAGAACUAUUGAGAUGCUAUUGAAAUUCAGUGGAAAUAAGAAAAAUGGUUCCUCAUUUUUUAAAUGGGAAAUGUAAGAAAUAAGGAGCAUGAACUGUUUACCAUACCUAAAUAAGAAAAUUACCUUUCCUGAAACUCCAGCUCCCAUUAUUAAUGUGACUUAUUGUGCUUAUAGUGCAUCAUUGGUCACAAAAAUGUUAGGCACUUCCAUUUAGCAGGUUGCUGUCUUUACAUAAUCCUUGCAAUGUAUUGAAGUUACUGUUCUAUAGUGAGUGAAAAAAGCAGGGGAAAGUCUGGAAUGCAAUUAUACUGAUAUUUAAGGUUAAUACUCUCCAAAGUCAGCAAUGAAUUUUACCUUUUCUUCCUGACCUGAAAAACAAAUUGGAAUAAAUUCUAUAUGUGACGUGCUCAAAUCCUCUCUCUUCCAAUAAAAUGGCCCUUUAGAAUAUUUUAUGUAAUGCCACUUUUUGUUUAAGUAUAUUGGAGAUUAAAAUAAAUAGGUGCUAAGGUUGGGUUUUGUUUUGGGAGAAGUGGUAACCACAGUAGAUAGUGCCAUUCAAUAUGGCUACAAAGGUCAAUCUGUUAUAUUAAGUAAAAUCUUUAUGUAAUUCACAAAACAUUGUAAUGUGCGAUGUGAUUUUUUUAAAAAAUCAGACCACACUGGUCCCCAAUUAUGUACAUAUGAUAAAGAGUUGGGGUAACUUUUUGUUACACUAACAAUUUCAUAAGAAAUAUAAUUUCUUUUCUAAAUUUCUCCUCUGCUGUUUGGUUCUGUAUAGAUACAUUUAAAUACACAGAUUACGUAUAGACUAUAUAUGACCACACAACCACAAAGCUCACAGAAAUGAAUUGUCACGUUUUCAGUGGUCCUAGCCUUACAUCAUCAAACCUGCUAAGGUCUAUACUUAUUUUAUAAGCAUUCAUUUACAAUAUUUUGUAAAGAACACAUGCAACUUAGGUUUUUUUUUAACACGAUAUCAUUGUAAUGGUGUUCAACACAAUAAAAAAACCAUUUCAGUCGUUAUAUUUUUGUUUCAUUGAUAGGAUUCAACUCGACAGGAAAUGUAUGGAAAUUUUAUAUUGCUUAUAUAUGCUGCAUGAUCCCACUGAAUUCAACCAAUUCUCAGAGAGGAAAGCGCCACUACGCAAAUUAACAAGAAUAUAUUCUAGGUGCAUGUUAAAAUAAAUUACAUAGGACUGGAGUUGUACAAGAUUUUCUUUACUAUGCAAUGAUAGGUAUUGCACAAAUUUAAAAUUCAAAGACAAAUGUCUGAGGAACUUUACAAAAUACUUGAAUUAUUUUUGAUCUAAAAAGCUAUCAGUCAUUUUCUAUUCAUUGUUGCUUUCAUUAUUAAUAUUCAUCUAAAAUAGUGAUUAUUUUUAAGGUGCACAAUUUAACAAAUUUAUUUUGUCUGAAGCUAAUAUUCAUAUCUUGUUGGCUGCAGAUGAAUGGGAAUUCAGUUAUUGUUUUGCAUCUUAGUAAAUUAGUAUUAAAGACGUCAUAAACAUAGAAAUUGGCUUCUGUAUUUUUCUUUCCUGUGCUGUUAAUAAAUUAAAUUUCACAUCAGACCUAA